CCCCGACCCACCCCAACCCAACCCAUUGCAGUUGCCAUCCCAAUUAAUAUGAGCGCAGAGCCGGCGAGGAAAAGGUUGCGGCCCGAGGUUUGCCCGCAGCAGCUCUCCUCUCACAGCGGGGCCGGGCCGGGAGAGAGCAGCUCUGGCACUGCAGGCUGCAGCAAAGGUUACGACGAAAAGUGUGCAGAUUUGACCACAGAGAAAAGUAAAGAUUUAAGGAUGGACCAAGCCAGCACUGAGAACAAACUACAAGGCAAAGACGGAGGAUUAGAAGACACUGAGAGAGGAUGCAAGGAUACGUGGACAGUUCCGUUUAUGCAACAGGACGGGAUGGUUAAUUCUUCAGGCACUGAGUCUAGGAGUAGCAAAUCAACAGAGUGCUGUGAGUCUGAUGAGAAGAUUCAAAAACAAAAGUGGAAAAAUCCCUUUGGCGUGGAGGCUCAGAGGUUUGAACAGUCCUCUGUCUGUUUAAUUAAAAGUGCAGACAGGUACGCUUCUGAAAAUGAUAGAGGUAACCAAAUAGCACCGAACCCCACUUUAGAAACCACUGGUUGUAAAGACAAAGCUAAGAACAUUAUUCCAGAUAAAAAGAAAUGCAAAACACUUGAGGAAUGGGUGGUAAAGCCUCCUGGUUCAAAAGGCUCAAGGAACACUGUAGUCACUCAGGCUGGUGAAAAUAACCAAGAGGAACAUCACUUGAGAGAGCUUGAGACCAUGAACUCUAAUGAAGAUUCACAGGAUGAGAUUUAUGUUGUUCCUGAAAGUCCGCUCUCCGAUUCUGGGUGUGAACAGUGUACCCCUGGCACGAGUGGAGGUGAAAAACAAGACCAUGGGAAGGAAAAUUCAGAAGAUUGGCUCACUGCUAAGAAAGAGACCAAGUCCAUCUUUCCCGCGCACUUUGACUUUGCUGGUAAUAGCCCUCACGAAUCAGACACUGAACCUGCGUGUUUUACAGACAAAGUUUCAGAAGGUUUUGAGGACGCUUCUCCGUGCCACAGGUCUUCUUGUGUUAAUCCUUACUCUGAUAAUAAAAACGAUGAAGAUAUGAUGGAGGUGGACAAGGAUGUACAAUGUCAAUGUGAGGAUUCCUUCCCAAAGGCAAAACAGAAAACAUUCCGUGGUUUAAAAGAUGGAUCAAUAACGUCGGAACAAAAAACGUACCCUUCGACAAGUUCCCCUUCACAGCUUGGAAGUUGGAAAGGCACUGCAAAGGUUCCUACAAAAAUCACCGAUCAUUUUGAGUACCUGGUCAGGAAGCCACAUAGGAUAAAUGACGAGAGAAGAGGAAAUUGCAUGGAUGAUAAGAGGCUGUCUCAUGGAAGGUUUGCCACAGAUGUUAAAUGGCUUGGAACUCCAAUCUGUGAGAUGAGAAGAAUGCCAGAUUGCAGUGGCACUUUGCCAGCACUAAGACCAUCUAGCAACCAUUCAGUAACCAUCCGAACAGACUUGCUGAAAAGUGGUGAUGUUCCUCGACCCUAUCCCACAUAUCUCAAAGAUGCCUGGGAUGACAAGCAUGUGAGGAUGCCUUGUUCUGAGCAAAAUCUUUUUCCUGUUGAAAACGAGGAUGGAAGCAAGAAUGUGAGCAGUCGAUGGAAAUUGAUUGACAUUGCAUUGUCGAGAAAGUUUGAUAACUCACUGGAUGUAAAGGAUGCAAUACUGAAGUACAAUGCAGGAUAUGCAAAGAAAUGGGACUUCACUACCCUGAAUUACCUUUGCACUGAGGAUUUAAAUGAUGUGGAAACACAGCAUCUUCUGCAGUCCCUUUUGCCGGAAAUGGCUGAACUGGCUCUGCGGUUGGACACUGUUUGUACACAGCCGAUACCAUUGCUUAAGCAGAAGAUGAAUCACUCCAUCACAAUGUCACAAGAACAAAUAGCCUGCCUUCUGGCCAAUGCCUUUUUUUGUACAUUCCCUCGACGGAGUAACAAACUAAAACCGGAGUAUUCCAAUUUCCCGGAGAUAAACUUCAAGAAAUUGUUUGAAGGAUCUUCACACAAGAAAGCUGAAAAGCUCAAAACACUGUUUUGUUAUUUCAGAAAAGUCACAGAGAAAAAGCCCACUGGUCUAGUAACUUUUCAGAGACAGUGUCUACAGAACUUUCCGGAAUGGGAACGGUCUACAAAGAAGUUGACGAGACUACACAUAACGUGUGAAGGUACAAUUGAAGACAAUGGACGUGGGAUGUUACAGGUGGACUUUGCAAAUAAAUUUGUCGGAGGUGGUGUCACACGGAGUGGCCUUGUGCAGGAAGAAAUACGUUUUUUAAUAAACCCGGAACUCAUUGUUUCACGACUGUUUACAGAAGCCUUGGACCACAAUGAAUGUCUCAUCAUUACCGGUACGGAGCAGUACAGCAUCUAUGAAGGCUACGCAGAUACCUACAGAUGGGUGGGGUGCUGCAACGAUCAGAUUCCAAGGGACGCCUGGCAGAGACACAGCACAGAGAUUGUGGCCAUAGAUGCAUUACCUUUCAGGCAUUAUCCCGAUCAAUUUUCCCCAAAUAAUUUAAAGAGAGAAAUGAAUAAGGCCUUUUGUGGGUUUGUACGCCCGGGCUUUGAUCCCAGGAAUCUUUCAGCUGUAGCCACAGGGAACUGGGGGUGUGGAGCAUUUGGUGGUGAUGCCAAGUUAAAAUCCUUGUUGCAGAUGAUGGCUGCUGCAGAAGCUGGCCGCGAUGUGGUUUAUUUCACCUUCGGGGACCAGGAAUUAAUGACCGAGAUACACGAUAUGCACAAGUUCCUCAGCGAGAAAGAGCAGACUGUCGGUCAAAUAUACAAACUUUUGGAACGAUAUUGGUGUGAGGUGUGCAGAACCUGUUCUUUUUCAAGACCAAACAUUAAACUCUACAGCUUCAUUCACGAUUCUGUAGGUUUGUACCUAGAUUCAACAGAUGAAGAUGAUGAUUGAUAACAAUUCAAGAUCAACGAUAAUGUAAAGGCUGUCUUUAAAUUAGUGAGAUGGCUGAGCUUUGUGGCUCAUCACCACUGUAAUCCUCCCACAGGUUCUUAAUGCUAUAGCCCCACACUGCUGUAAAAAAUCUUGCAUAACAUGGCCCAUUAUUCUGGCGGUGAAUAUUGACUGCAGUAACAUGCUUAUCAUAAUGAGGGUAUGAAUGGUAAGAUGCUUGUCAAAGCAAGCAGUCAAACCUAAAGUGGAAAUUCAGGGGAGAGUAAUGGUAUGAACCUGUUAACCAGAGGCUAACCAGGGCAAUAUAUACCUAUUCUAUAUAGUACAUAUUAUGCUGUUAUUAUUGAAGAAUAGUUACCAAUAUAAAUUAAGAGCAAUGCAAAUAUUCUGAAGGAAUAAACCAGUUAUCUAUUAUUUUUGGAAUAAUCUCUGCCUAAAUGAUUCAAAUCAAAGUCAAAAUCCCAGCAUGCUUACGGCAUGCCUUUGAUAAUUUUAGCAAGAAAGUGUGUCAAAUGUACAUUGCAGGAGGAAGUACAUCAUCCUCUUUGGCUUGUAUUGUGAGCAAAAAAUUAAUAUGGGUGUUUUAUUUUCCUUGUUUAAAAAAUCCUUAAAAUUUCAUACAUCAAUUGUGUAUUCUUUUAGACUGUGGUACACAAUGCUGAACAUAUUCAGGAAUAUUAGCUGCUGUCUAAUGGAUUGCUGUCAGUCAUAGAGGGGAAUUCUGUAUGGACAUGUAAAGAUUUUUUUUUUUUAAUUUGUCCAAAUAAAGGUCUUCUGUUGUGUCCAA